GGUGUGGUUUCCUGAGAUCUAACCAUGAAAGCAUCGGUUCGGUUGAUCUUCGGUGGGGUUCUAUUGUUUACAUCGACGAUUUUGUUGGGUUUUGUUGCUUUUCAGGGACUAGUAGAAUUGGCAGUUAAAGAUCAAACAGCGUUACGAAAAAACAAUGAAAUUAGAGGUAUUUAUUUGAAAAUACCUUUUCCUCUCAACUUCAAAAUAUUUCUCUUCAAUGUGACUAAUCCCAUGGACGUACAAAAUGGCGCAAUACCAAUCCUAGAUCAAGUUGGACCUUAUUACUACGAUGAAUAUAAAGAAAAAAUUAACGUUGUUGAUAAUGAUGCUCAAGAUACUUUACAGUACGAUUCUUACGAUACUUAUAUCUUCAAUAAAACCUUGUCAGGUAAACUAUCAGAUGAAGAUUAUGUAACUAUUAUACAUCCUCUUCUUGUGGGUUUAGUGAAUACAGUCACUGCCGUCUCACCGGCAUUGUUAUCAAUCGUCAAUCAAGCGAUACCCCACAUUUUUAAGGAGCCAAAGUCAAUUUACCUGACAGAUAAAGUGAAGAAUAUCGUUUUCGAUGGUAUGGAACUUAAUUGUCAAGGAGGUAAUUUCGCGUCUAAAGCCAUUUGUACACAACUUAAGACCCAAAUUCCUGGUAUUAAGGAAUCUGGAACUCAAAAGAAUAUUUUGUUGUACUCUCUACUCGGAAACAGAAAUGCUACUAUUGUGGAUACGAUAAAAAUCAUGAGAGGUAUAAAAAAUAACAAAGAUCUUGGAAGAGUAUUAGAAGUGAACGGCAAAAGUAAAUUAGAUAUCUGGGGAAGUGAGGAAUGUAAUAGAUUCAAAGGAACAGAUGGGUGGAUAAUACCACCAUUAUUGAAACCAGAAGAAGGUAUCCAUACAUAUUCACCCCAAAUGUGCAAAAAUGUCGUUCUUGAUUAUAUCAAAGACGACGUCAUUAAAGGAAUUAAAGUACGGAGGUACGAAGGGAAUUUAGGUGAUCAACAAACAGUAGAAGCAGACAAAUGUUAUUGUCCUUCACCAAAACCAUGUUCAAAAAAAGGUUUAUUCGAUUUGAGUAAAUGCAUUGGGGCACCAAUUAUAGUUAGCCUGCCGCAUUUUUUGUACGCAGAUGAAUCACUAUUGAAGCAAGUGGAAGGAUUGAAACCCGUUAAGGAAGAUCAUGUCAUGACAGUUAGUAUUGAACCUCUGACUAGUGCUCCAUUAAAUGUGAGAAUAAGGAUACAGAUGAACUUGAACAUAGAACCCAAUCAAAAAAUUAGUAUUAUGAAUAAUUUGACCACUGCACUACAUCCAAUAUUUUGGUUGGAAGAUAGUUUAGAUUUAGAAGGACCACUUUUUAAGAAAAUAUCGAGCAUUUUCGUUAUCCUUGGAAUAGCUCAUAUCCUAAAAUGGGUCAUCCUAGUCAUAUCUUUUGGAGUUUCUGGCUUUGGAUUUUAUCUUUAUUUUAAAAACAGGAAAUCUAUUAAAAUUACACCGAUUCACCAGCGACCGGAAACGGAAGAAGAAGCGUUUCGUAGAAGUACAAACGAACUUUUAUCACAAAUUAAAAAAGUAGAGAAAAGCGGCCAUACUAAUAAUAUUAUGAGCGGACACGAAUUUGAUAGAUAUAAUUAAUUAAUAAACACAUAAAGAUAUUUCGUGCUACA